CGUAUAGGUCAAGAAACUAAACUAGAGAAACCAUUUGCCAUUGGAAGAUUCGGGCUGGGGUUUAAUUGUGUUUAUCACUUCACAGAUAUACCAACUUUUGUUUCGGGAGAAAAUAUUGUCAUGUUUGACCCACAUUCCUGCAAUCUACCUGGGAUAUCUCCUUCACAUCCUGGCCUGCGGAUCAAAUUUACGGGCAGAAGAAUAUUAGAACAAUUUCCUGACCAAUUUUCUCCAUUUCUGCAUUUCGGGUGUGAUCUGCAACAUUCUUUCCCUGGAACCCUCUUCCGAUUCCCUCUUCGGAGUGCAAGUGUUGCUUCUAGAAGCCAAAUAAAGAAAGAAGGGUACACACCUGAUGAUGUCCUAGCACUGUUUCAUUCCUUUUCAGAGGUUGUCUCUGAGACAUUGCUUUUCCUGCGGAGCGUGAAAAGUAUAUCGAUUUUUGUGAAAGAAGGUGCUAAUAGUGAAAUGCAACUGCUACAUUGUGUUGACAAGCAAUAUGUAGGUGAUUCUGAGGAUGAAAGUGAUCCAAAUCAUCAGGUCUUCAGUCUUAUGUAUGGGAAGCGGCAUGACAAAAGUAAUAAAGCUCAGUUCCUCAGCCAAUUAUGUAAGUCUGUGAAUAUAGACUUGCCAUGGAAGUGUCAUAAGAUUGUGGUGUCCGAGAAGAGCACUUCUGGUGGUCGUGCACAUUUGUGGUUAACUAGUGAGUGCUUAGGCUUUCUUCGAGGUAAGAAUAGUCAUGCCAACCUUGAUAAGUACCAUAACACUAUUCCUUGGGCAUGUGUCGCUACUUGUUUACACACAAAGAAAACUGAAAGCGAUUUGGAUGGUGAUUUUGAUGAAUCUGAUCUCAUUACUCCUAAAUUGCUAGACUUCCCAGUGGCAUCAACUGGUGCUAUAGAGAAUUUUGAGGGUCGUGCCUUCUGUUUUUUGCCACUGCCAGUCAUUACUGGGCUUCCUGUGCAUGUCAAUGCAUAUUUUGAGUUAUCAUCAAACCGAAGAGAUAUAUGGUUUGGCAAUGACAUGGCUGGGGGUGGGAAGAAACGCUCUGAGUGGAAUAUGUACCUACUUGAAGAUGUCAUUGCUCCAGCUUAUGGUUAUAUGCUUGAGAAAGUUGCUUCAGAAAUUGGCCCAUGUGAUUCAUUCUUUUCCUUUUGGCCAACCAAGAUGGGAUAUGAACCAUGGGCGUCAGUGGUGCGGAAACUCUAUAAUUUCAUCUCUGGUUCUGGUCUUAGAGUGUUGUAUACAAAAGCCAGAGGUGGACAAUGGAUCUCAACGAAGCAAGCAAUUUUUCCAGAUUUCACUUUUGACAAGGCAAGGGAACUUGUGGAUGCAUUAUCAGAUGCUGGUUUGCCUAUGGCGAUCAUUCCCGAGGCUCUUGUGGAAAAAUUUAAGGAGAUAUGUCCCGGACUGCAUUUUCUUACACCUCAACUACUCCGCACUCUUUUAAUUAGGAGGAAUCGUGAAUUUAGAGAUAGAAAUGCUAUGAUCUUAACCUUAGAAUACUGCUUGCUUGACCUAAGAACUCCAGUUCAAUCUAGCACUUUCUUUGGCUUACCCCUGAUACCUCUUUCCAAUGGUUUGUUCACAAAAUUUCAGAAGAGGGGGGAGAGUGAUCAAAUUUAUAUUGCUGACGGCGACGGAUAUGGUCUUCUUAAGGAUUCUCUUCCCCACCAACUUGUAGACUCUGGGAUCUCUGCUUUUCUCUAUGACAAGUUAAGUGAAGUAGCCCAAAGUGAAGAUUUUAACAUUACUUUCUUGACUUGCCCUUUGCUUGAGAGGCUUUUCGUGCAAUUACUCCCAGCAGACUGGCAGCUGGCUAAACAGGUGAAUUGGGUCCCUUGUUGUCAAGGACAUCCUGAUUUGGAUUGGAUGAGACUGCUGUGGAGCUAUCUUAAGUCUUGUUGUGAUGAUCUCUCUUUGUUUUCGAAGUGGCCUAUUUUACCUGUUCUAAACAAUCGUCUCCUGCAGCUAGUGGAAAAUUCCAAUGUGAUCAAAGAUGGUGGCUGGAGUGAGAAUAUGUCAUCACUUUUGCUGCGCGUUGGAUGCCUGAUAUUGAGGCGUGACUUCCCAAUAGACCAUCCUCAGUUAAUACGUUAUGUCCAGCCUCCGACUGCAAAUGGUAUAUUAAAUGCAAUAUUGGCUGCAGCUGUGAAAAUAGAAAAGAUCGAGGGGCUCUUUACUAAUGCAUUGGAGGGAGAAAUGCAUGAACUUAGGAGCUACAUUCUCCAGUCGAAGUGGUUCUGUGAAGAUUCAAUGAAUAGCACUCAUAUGGUUAUCAUCAAAGAGAUUCCUAUGUUUGAGUCUUUCAAGAGCAGAAAAAUGGUAUCUUUGAGUAGGUUAACUAAAUGGUUAAAACCAAAUGGUGUACGUGAAGAUCUAUUGAAUGAUGAUUUCUUGAGAAUUGAAUCAGAUAAGGAAAGGAGUAUCUUGAAUAAAUACUUAGAAGUUGCAGAACCUACAAAGGCGGACUUCUUCAAACAUUAUGUAAUCCCUCACAUGCCUGAGUUUGUUUCUCAAGAUGGAUUACUCUCAGCCAUUUUACAAGAUAUCAGAUAUUUGAUGGAAGAGGACAACUCCUUGAAAGAAGCAAUCUCCAAAGCGACUUUUGUUUUAACUCGUGAUGGUUCCUGGAGAGAGCCUAUCAGGCUUUAUGAUCCUCGUAUACCAGAACUGAAAAUGUUGUUGCAUGGAGGUGCCUUUUUUCCAUCUGAAAAGUUCUCUACUCCUGAGUGUCUUGAUAUUUUGGUUAACCUUGGGCUUCGGCAAUCUUUGAGCUUUACUGGUUUGCUAGAUUGUGCCACAUCUGUGUCAUUGUUACAUAAUUCCGAAGAGUUAGAAGUGGUGAAGUAUGGUAGCAGGUUGUGUUACUUGUUGGACACAGUUGCAGCAAAACUCUCAUCACAGGAAGGGGAACCCAGUGUUGGUCAUGAAUCUUCUCAGGGGUUAUGUCUUAGUGUUUGCAAUGAAGGAGCUGUUGAUGUUACUGACAACCUCUUGGAGGACCUCUCAGGAUUUAUUUCAUUUCUCAGCAACUGGAUCGAUGAUAUGUCUGGAGAAGAAUUUUGGUCAGCAUUGGGAUCCAUAAGUUGGUGUCCUGUACUUAUAGAUCCGCCUAUUAGAGGAUUACCGUGGUUAGCCUCAGGAGGAAAAAUUGCGAUGCCAAGUAACGUUCGGCCCAAGUCGCAGAUGUGGAUGGUUUCAUCUAAGAUGCAUAUCCUGGAUGGUGAAUGUUCAGAGCAUCUGCAACGUAAACUUGGUUGGAUGGAUAGCCCAAGUAUAAAGAUUCUGUCUGAACAAUUGCUUGGACUAUCUAAAUUCUAUGUGGAGGUAAAUGAUGACUCAGAUGCAGCACAUAAUUUUGAUUCAGUUUUGCAGAAGCAGGUGCUCUUAAUUUAUUCACAGUUGCAAGAAUCUAUUGGUACUGACGACUUCAAGGUUCUCAAGUCUACCUUAGAUGGUGCUCGGUGGGUAUGGAUAGGAGAUGAUUUUGUUUCUCCUGAUGUACUUGCUUUUGAUUCACCUGUGAAAUACAGCCCCUACUUGUAUGUUGUACCAUCUGAGUUAACGGAUUUCAGAGAUUUGCUUCUGGAGUUAGGUGUUAGACUCAGCUUUGAUGUUUUUGAUUACUUCAAAGUUUUACAAAGGUUGCAAAAUGAUGUGAAAGGGUUCCCCCUUACUGCUGAUCAGCUGAGUUUUGUCAAUCAUGUGCUAGAAGCAAUUGCAGAUUGCAACAUGGAUAGCUUAAUGUUUGAGGCUUCCAGUACUCCUUUAUUACUUCCUGAUUCUUCUGGAGCUCUUAUGAGUGCUGGGAAUCUUGUUUAUAACGAUGCUCCUUGGAUGGAGAGCAGCACUGUUGGUGGAAAACGUCUGGUUCAUCCGUCUAUCAGCCAGAAUCUUGCUGACAGAUUGGGUAUUCAAUCGCUUCGAAGUGUGUCAUUAGUCAGUGAAGAAAUGACAAAAGACUUACUGUGCAUGGAUUACCCAAAAAUAUGUGAACUUCUAGAGUUGUAUGGAAAGACUGAUUUCCUUUUGUAUGACCUACUUGAGUUGGCAGAUUGCUGCAAAGCAAAAAAGCUUCAUCUGAUUUUUGACAGAAGGGAACAUCGGUGUCAGUCCCUUCUGCAGCAUAAUCUAGGUGACUUUCAAGGGCCUGCACUAGUUGUCAUCCUUGAAGGGGCAAACUUAAGUAGAGAUGAAGUAGCUGGACUACAAUUUCUUCCACCUUGGAGUCUGCGUGGUGAUACCAUGAAUUAUGGGCUAGGGUUGCUUAGUUGUUUUUCGAUAAGUGAUUUUGUGUCAGUUGUUUCAGAUGGAUUCUUGUACAUGUUUGAUCCUCGAGGUUUAGCUCUUGCAAUGCCUUCACAUCGCGCACCGGCUGCAAAAAUGUUCUCUCUAAGAGGGACAAAUUUGACAGAGCGAUUCCGUGAUCAAUUCAGUCCCUUGUUGAUUGAUCAAAAUGUGCCAUGGUCAUUGUCCAAUUCUACUGUCAUACGCAUGCCUUUUUCACCAGAAUGCAUGAAAGAUGGAGUUGAAUUUGGCCUGAAGAAGAUUUCAAUGAUACUUGAUAAAUUCUUAAAUAAUGCUUCUGCAACGAUCUUGUUUUUGAAGUCAGUUUUGCAGAUUUCAUUGUCAAUAUGGGAGCAAGGAAGCCCUCAACCAUCCUUGGAUUAUUCUGUUGACAUUGAUCCGUUGUAUUCAGUUAGUAGAAACCCUUUCCCGGAGAAGAAGUGGAAAAAGUUCCAGAUAUCUAGUCUAUUCAGUAGCUCAAAUUCUGCAAUCAAGCUACAAGUCAUAGAUGUGAAUUUUUGGAAACAAGGAACUAAAAUAGUUGACCGUUGGCUUGUUGUGCUUAGUCUGGGUUCAGGACAAACAAGAAACAUGGCACUUGACAGGCGGUACAUGGCAUACAACCUUACACCUGUUGGUGGUGUCGCAACACUGAUAUCGCAAAAUGGCCAGCCUAGCAAUACUUGUUCGUCAAGCUCUAUCAUGUCCCCACUUCCACUGUCAAGUGCUAUAAACAUACCAGUCACUAUACUUGGAUAUUUCCUAGUAUGUCAUAAUCAGGGACGCUUUCUUUUCAAAGACCAAGAAAUGGAGGCUUUGGCAGGGUCGCGGUUUGAUGCUGGAAAUCAAUUGAUUGAAGCUUGGAAUCGAGAACUAAUGUGUUGUGUUCGUGAUUCUUAUUUGAAGCUGGUAUUGGAAAUGCAAAAGUUGAGGAGGGAACCAUCAACAUCUCUUCUGGAGCCUAGUCUGGCCAGAGCUGUCAGUUUGACUCUGAACGCUUAUGGUGAUCAGAUCUAUUCAUUUUGGCCCAGGUCAACCAGAAAUUUGCUGAUUGAACAAGAGAAAAUUGGAAAUGAUUCCACGUCAGUGAAGGUUUGCAAAUCAGAUUGGGAAUGUAUAACUCAGCAAGUUAUUCAGCCGUUCUAUGCUCGUCUUAUCGAUCUUCCUGUUUGGAAGUUGUAUUCAGGAAAUCUAGUGAAGGCUGAGGAAGGUAUGUUUCUUUCUCAGCCUGGAAGUGGAGUGGAGGGUUGCUUGCUUCCAGCUACAGUUUGUGCGUUCGUGAAAGAACAUUAUCCAGUUUUCUCUGUACCAUGGGAGUUGGUGAGUGAAAUACAAGCCUUAGGGGUUACUGUCAGGGAAAUCAAACCUAAAAUGGUCCGAGACCUUCUUCGGGCUUCUUCAACAUCUAUUGUUCUCGGAUCAGUUGAGACUUAUGUAGAUGUACUUGAGUACUGCUUAUCAGAUAUUAUCCAGCUUCUAGAGACCUGUGAACCAAGUGGGCCUGAUUCAUCCAGAGACAUUAGCAACUUAGGUUCUGUUAAGGAAAUUGCUGAAGGUCAGACGAAUUCUUUCUCUGAAUCAAGCUCCAGUUCUCUUAGAAGUCGCAACACUCUGCAACCUUCAAGCAGUUCAGGAGGAGAUGCCAUUGAGAUGAUGACAAGUUUAGGGAAGGCCUUAUUUGAUCUAGGCCGGGUUGUUGUUGAAGAUAUUGGCCGUGGAGGAGGUGCUUUAUCUCAAAGGAAUAUUAUUUCGGGAACCAUCGGAGAUAGUAUCAGAAAUAGAAUUGAUCAGAAGCUACUAGCUGUAGCUGGUGAACUCAGAGGGUUACCCUGUCCAACAGGAACAAAUCAUCUUGCUAGGUUGGGUGCUACUGAACUUUGGGUUGGAAACAAAGACCAACAAUCACUAAUGAUUUCCUUAGCUGCUAAAUUUAUUCAUCCUAAAAUACUGGAGAGAUCAAUACUGGUGAACAUUUUCUCUAACAGCACGAUUCAGUCAUUAUUAAAGCUGCAAAAUUUCUCCCUUAUUUUGCUGGCAAAUCAUAUGAGGUUUCUCUUCCAUGAAAACUGGGUAAAUCAUGUGGUGGACUCAAAUAUGGCACCCUGGUUCUCAUGGGAGAACAAUGCUACUUACGCAAGUGAAUGUGGUCCUUCUCCCAAUUGGAUUAGACUUUUCUGGAAGAUGGUCGAUAACUGUUCAGAUGACCUAGCACUUUUUGCUGAUUGGCCUCUUAUUCCUGCUUUUCUUGGUCGUCCAGUCCUAUGCCGUGUGAAGGAGCGAAAACUUGUUUUUAUUCCACCCAUUGAUGACAGGGGAAGCAGAGAAGCUGAUCUGUCUGGAUUAUCUUUGGAAUCUGAAGAGAUUCAAUCCUACAGCUUAUCAUUUAAAGUUGCAGAGAGAAAAUACCCUUGGUUGAUGUCGCUGCUGAACCAGUGCAAUAUACCCAUGUUUGAUAACUCUUUCUUGGAUUGUGCUGGUCCUUGCAAAUGUUUACCCAGCGAGGAGCACUCAUUAGGUCAAGUUAUAGCAUCCAAGCUUGUCGCAGCUAAAAAUGCUGGCUACUUUCCGGAACUCACUUCCUUUCCAGAUUCUGAACGUGAUGAGCUUUUUGCCCUAUUUGCUUCUGAUUUUUCUGCCAAUAGCUCUGGCUAUGGAAGAGAAGAGCUUGAAGUACUGCGUGAUUUGCCUAUAUACAAAACAGUUGUGGGAACAUAUACGAGAUUGCAGAGUCAUGACCUUUGUAUGAUUCCUUCUAAUACCUUUCUUAAGCCAUUUGAUGAACGCUGUCUAUCUGUCUACACUAAUUCUAAUGUGAAACCUCUUUUUCGAGCCCUUGGGGUCCCGGAGUUGCAUGAUCAACAGAUUUUUGUCAAAUUUGGAUUGCCUGGAUUCGAUGGAAAGCCUCAGUCUGUACAGGAAGAUAUUUUAAUAUACCUAUACUCAAAUUGGCAGGAUCUACAAGAAGACUCGUCAAUUAUUGAAGUACUUAAGGAGACCAAAUUUGUUAGAAGCGCUGAUGAAAUGUCUGCAGAACUCUAUAAACCUAACGAUCUGUUUGAUCCCAGUGAUGCUUUAUUAGCAUCAGUGUUCUCAGGCAUGAGAAUAAAAUUUCCUGGAGAAAGGUUUAUUUCUGAAGGAUGGCUACGUAUUUUGAAGAAGGUGGGUCUUCGCACUUCAGCUGAAUCUGAUGUUAUCCUUGAAUGUGCCAAGAGAGUUGAGUCACUUGGAAGAGACUUCAUUCCACCUGCAGGGAUUACUGAUGAUCUUGAGAAAGAUUUAUUCAGCUCACAGGAUGGAGUAUCAUUUGAAAUCUGGUUGUUGGCUGAAAGCCUUGUGAAAGCUAUAAUAUCAAACUUCGCUGUCCUUUAUAGUAACCACUUUUGCAAUAUUUUUGGGAAGAUUGCAUGUGUUCCUGCUGAGAAAGGCUUCCCAAAUGUGGGCGGUAAGAGAAGCGGAAAGCGAGUGCUGUGCUCAUACUCUGAAGCUAUUAUAUUAAAGGACUGGCAACUUGCUUGGAGUUGUGCUCCCAUGCUUUCUAGGCAGAGUAUUGUCCCACCAGAAUACUCUUGGGGGGCUCUCAAUUUGAGAAGUCCUCCAGCCUAUCCUACAGUUUUGAGGCACCUCCAGGUUAUUGGAAGAAAUAAUGGUGAAGACACGCUUGCUCAUUGGCCAGCUACUACAGGCCUAAAGACAAUUGAUGAAGCUUCCUUUGAUGUAUUAAAGUACCUGGACAGGGUCUGGAGUUCUCUCUCUUCUGCAGACAAGGAGGCAUUGCGUCUAGUGGCCUUCAUGCCUGCCGCAAAUGGUACACGUUUGGUGACAACAAGCUGCCUUUUCACACGUCUGACAAUUAAUCUUUCCCCAUUUGCUUUUGAACUCCCUUCACUCUACCUGCCUUAUGUGAAUAUCCUUAAAGACUUGGGCCUUCAGGACAAUCUUUCUAUCUCUUCCGCAAAGACCCUGCUUUUGAAUCUUCAAAAAGCAUGUGGAUAUCAGCGUUUAAAUCCAAAUGAAUUCCGUGCUGUGAUGGAAAUUGUGCAUUUCAUCUGUGAUCAAGCAAACACUUCUGACAUGAGCACUUGGUGUUCUGAAGCAGUUGUCCCUGAUAAUGAUUGCAGACUUGUACAUGCUAGGUCAUGUGUAUACAUAGAUUCUUAUGGUUCUAGCUACAUCAAGUAUAUUGAUAUUUCCAAGCUGAGGUUUGUCCACCAAGAUCUCCCUGGAAAGUUAUGCAUUGCCUUUGGAAUAAAAAAGCUCUCGGAUGUGGUUAUAGAGGAAAUAUAUUGUGAAGAACCUUUGCAAACUUUGGAAUGCAUUGGAUCAGUUCCAGUAGAGGCUAUAAGGCACAAGUUGUUGAGCAGAUCUUUUCAAGCUGCAAUGUGGACGGUGGUCAGUAGCACGGCAAGCAACAUUCCUAGCAUUGAUCAGGCUACCUUUGAGGUCAUGCGAAGUUCAUUGAAAUUGGUUGCAGAGAAGUUGAAAUUUGUUCAAUGUCUAUAUACACGCUUUGUGCUCCUUCCAAAAUCUUUGGAUAUAACUCAAGUUAGACAGGAAUCGUUGUUCCCGGAGUGGAAGGAUACAUCACGUAACCGGGCCCUUUACUUUGUUGAACAGUGUAAAACUUCUGUGCUGAUUGCCGAACCACCAGACUAUGUCUCUAUUGCUGAUGUAAUAGCAAUUGCUGUAAGCAGGGUUUUGGACUUCCCCAUCUCAUUACCAAUGGGCUCUCUAUUCCUCUGUCCUGAGGGCUCUGAGACUGCCCUUGUCGAUAUCUUGAAACUUUGUUCUCAGAUGCAAGCUAAUGGAAGCAAAAGUGAAAAAGAUGGUCUUCUUGGCAGGGAACUAUUACCCCAAGAUGCUUUACAAGUGCAAUUUCACCCAUUAAGACCUUUUUAUGCUGGAGAAAUAGUAGCUUGGCGGCAGCAGAAUGGAGAAAAGUUGAGGUAUGGUAGAGUUAUAGAGAAUGUGAGACCGUCAGCAGGCCAAGCACUCUACAGAUUCAAGGUAGAAACAUCACCGGGCUUGGUUGAGCUUCUUCUGUCUGCUCAUGUCUUCUCGUUCAAAAGUGUCACAGUCUCUGGUGAGGAUUCCUCAGCUGAUUUCUUGGAGGAUUCUGUUACAAUGGACAGUACCAGGAGUGAAGGUGUUGCUGGAAGAGUUAAAUCAAGACCUUCUGAGGGGAACCAGCAGCAGCAGCUUCAAGCACUCCAGCAUGGCCGAGUGUCUGCUGCAGAAUUGGUCCAGGCAGUUCAGGAGAUGCUUUCUGCAGCAGGAAUCAGUAUGGAUGUGGAGAAGCAAUCAUUACUAGAAACAACAAUCACAUUGCAAGAGCAAUUAAAGGAGUCCCAAGCAGCACUCUUGCUCGAGCAGGAAAAGUUUGACAUGGCUACGAAAGAAGCUGACACAGCUAAAGCAUCAUGGUUGUGCCGCAUCUGUCUCAACACUGAAGUGGACGUUACUAUAGUCCCUUGUGGUCAUGUGCUUUGCCGUAGAUGCUCGUCUGCAGUUUCCAGGUGUCCGUUCUGUCGGCUUCAAGUCUCUAAGGUUAUGAGAAUGUUCCGGCCCUGAAUACAUUGUUGCUGCAAAUUACCUACCUUCCUACCGUGAACUUCAUUGGUGUUAUUCAUUUGCCUGGUAUGAUAUCCUUUGCUAAAGGAUAAUUGAUGCAGUUUUGAAGAGUCUCUAUUUGAGAGAUAUUUGAAUUAUUCUCCCAGUUGCCAAGGAGCUUUACUUCGGAUACCAUAUUAAAGCCCCGAUUUAUUUCGUGUCAAAAAAGAAAUUCUUGCAGAUGGAGCAGUAUAUAGAGAGCUCCACUUUUGAGUUACUUGUAUAGAUAGGGCAUCUUAUAUUCUAAUCAUGUACAAAAUCGUAGUUUAUAAGGUCUAAUCAUGUACAGAAAUUUGCGAUGAUGUUCUAAAUGAUGUCAUUUUAGAAAUCAAAUCAGAAUUGAAAAGUUUAUGCUUUUA